AGUGACAAGAACUGUCAACCCUCUUUUCUUUCUGACCAAGUCAAAAUGAAGAUCGGUCUUUGCGCCUACAGUGGAUACAAGAUCUAUCCUGGCCAUGGAAAAACCAUGGUUAAGGUGGAUGGCAAGACUUUCACAUUCUUGAACUCAAAAUGUGAAGCUGCCCACCUCAUGAGGAGGAAUCCUCGUAAAGUGACAUGGACUGUACUCUACAGGCGCAAGUUCAAGAAAGGCCAAGAAGAAGAACAGGCCAAAAAGCGCACAAGGAGGACCCAGAAGUACCAGCGUGCUAUCGUUGGUGCCUCCCUCAGCGACAUCAUGGCCAAAAGGAACAUGAAACCUGAAGUACGCAAGGCUCAAAGAGAUCAGGCCAUCAAAGCCGCCAAGGAGCAAAAGAAAUCUACCAAGGCCGCCAAGAAAGCAGCAGCACCUCCUCAGAAGAGCAAAACCGCACCUAAAGCUAAGGCUGCCAAAGUCAGUCAGAAGUCUGCACCAAGAGUAGGAGGAAAGCGAUAAGAUUCAAAUAAAAUAGUGACUUCAUA